AUCAUGGGCGUUGUAGUCCAAGUUAUGGCGUGUCUCUGCGCAUUCAGAAGCUGUACAGAUCCCUCCUGUAAUUCAUAUCGACUACCAUCCCAGCAUGCGCAACUGAUGUACACAUAUGGCGGAGAGCUAUGACUGAGGAUUUUGAUGAAGAAGUUGUUUUCGAGAACUCUCCGCUGUUCCAGUACUUGCAGGAUCUAGGACACACAGAUUUUGAGGCAUGUUCUCCCGUUUCUCAAGAGGAGGAGCCAAACGCUGGUGGAGUGGAGGCACAGUUUCCUCAGGAUAUCCUCGCUUCUCACAGAAAGGGUGGUGUUUGGAGGCUGGUUGAUGCUCUGCGCAGUCUGAAUCCUCUGCAUCGAGACAGCGCCACCCGCUGGCAGGAGCAGCAGCUGGACGCUGCCUUCCGCCAGUAUUCUCUGCGCUGUCUGUUAUCUCAGGAUGUGCUGUUGCAAGAGGAUGUUGAGCUGAUCGAGCUUUUGGAUCCAAGUGUGCUCUCUCUGGGCUCCACUGAUACCGUCUGCCCAUGUGCCAGCACUGCUGUCCCAGCGCCACGCUACCUCUCGACACCUUCUAUAUGGGAUGUUUCUGUUUUGGUCGGGCUGCUAGCUGUCCUGAUCGGCGUGUGCUUUUCGUACCCUGACCACGAGCGGGCUCUGUGGCUGUGUGUUGUCCUGGUGUGUGUCACGUGUGCAUGUCGCGGUCGGUCUCUGUGGCACAAGGCCGUCCUACAGCGUCGCGUCCAGUCUCUGGCCGUCCAGCUGGAGGGUUUGGUGAACAACAGCCGAGCGCUGACCAGUCUUUCUCGCAAAUCACUGCGACUCAUACAGGAGACGGAAGUCAUCUCACGAGGAUUUACCCUGGUGAGUGGCGCCUGUCCCUUUAACAGGGCGGGGCAGCUUCGCAACCAGCAGCUGAUUGGUCUACGGAAGGCGGCCUAUCAGAGUCUUCGCUGCGCGUUCCGAGCGUCUCGCCUCGCCACAUGCGUCAUGCUCAAGUCAUUUCCACUGAACUCGGAGAUUGACAAUGUGACCAACUACGUGUCCACCGUGCCAAUCAGAGAGCUUGGUCUCGGUUUGGGGGUGGAGCAUCUUUCUGACGAGCAGGCGCAAGAACUGACCAAUGAUUACAGUCUGCCUGCACUCAAGAUGUUGUUCCAGUUGUGGGUAGGGCAGAGCUCAGAGUUUUUUCGGCGGUUAGCUCUGCUGCUGUCACCGGGGAGGGAGGAGCUAGACACCAGGCCCAGCCCCCUCACGUACAGCAGCGUCCCAUUGAUUACUGACUCUCUUCAUCGCACCCUGGCCGCUUGCCUCGGUGAGCUUCAACGCAGCUAUGAUUUCCAUCGCUACUUUGAGACACAUCACCAGUCGCUGCCUGCAGAAAGAAAUGGACGCGCUCAACAGAAGUGUAGAGAGCUCAAUUCUCUGCACACGUCUGUCCGCAGUUUACAACUUCACCUGAAAACGCUCUUAAAUGAAGUCAUAAUUUUGGAGGAUGAUCUGGAAAAGUUAAUGGUUGCUAAGGAGACUGAAGAGAUGACGUGUGCGGGAUAUCAGGAGCUGAAGGAGCGCCUCCAGCUGCUGCAGCCACACAUGCAGGCCAGCACCUGCUGCUGGGAUGACACACUCGCGCAGGUCGACCGCAUGCUACGCCGAGUCUCGAACUGCCCAGAGAGUUCAGAUCAGCCAGAGGAAACGGCUGCCCCAGAUCCCCCUCCUCCUGCCCCCAUUACACACAUACAGGACAGAGACCCUGUCCCAGAGGAACAGGAACUGGAGGCAUAUGUCUCUGACUCUGACUCUGAGACAGAGUGGAGAGGGGCCACGGAUAUGCUGUCACCAUGGGAACUGGAGCGCCAACGUCGUGAACGUGAAGAGUCGAGACGUGUUUUACUCGAACUGAAAUCCGUCCUGGGAAUCCGAACGUCAGAUGGAGAGAGAGACAAGCGCAAGCUUCUGCUGUUCAAUGAACAGGCUGCUCUGGCUCCAUUUGCUAAGGACGCAUCACAAACAGACACAAACUCUUUAGAAUCGCAUAUUUCUUCAGAAUCCAUGACUACCACAGACAACCAUGUUUCCCAACAAGGAGAGGAGAAUGAAAGUGAACAGCAGACUGAAACUCUUAGUGAGGCGGAAGGAGAGAAAGAUUCUGUUACUGAAUUUUGCUGUGGAAAUUCUGAUGUAACUGGGGCAGCUAAAGAUACCACCGAGGAGACUGCGGAGGAAACACAGCUCUUCCAAUCAGACGGGCUCAUAGAUGACGGGCAUGAUGGGACACACCCACUCACACCCAGAGUGCCCACUCUCUCUGUGAUUGACAGAUUGACAGAACUGCAUGGCUCAGAAGCGAUCAGUUUCAGCUCCGCCCUGGCCGCCCAGGUAGCAGCGCGCUCGCAUACGUUCACACACAUGCAGGAAUGCACCUACGGGGACUCGGAGGAGGAAGCCGAAGUGACGUCACCACCGACAAGAGAUAGCGAGGAGGACUGAAACAGCAAGAUAUUUAUUCUCAUCCUUUUGGUUGUAUUUAUUGAGCUUGAUUUCAGGUCACAGACAUCAUUGGAUGUAGCUGGUGUGUGUGUGAAUCUGUUUUUGGUACGUCUCCGUUUUAAAGUGUUUAUAUUUGUGUGUGUGUGUUUGGGGGAUUUAUGUUUCAUGUGACAUCCCACGUCCACUCUCCUCAUGACAGGCCUCAGGUACAGACUGGCACAUGCUAGUACACAAAAUAACAGACCAAAACCUAAACAUUAAUACACACUAAUACAAACUCACAUGUGCAAAACUAUGUCCUUGGCCAUGUCCUGGUUUUAAACACUGUAACAGAGGUCCUACACAGAAUAACCAAAACAAGAAAUACCUAAAAAGCCCAACAAGAACAUGUUUGAGUCACAUUUGACCCCAAUUAAAGUAAAAGAAAAAUGAAGUGUGUUUUAGUACACUUAAGAUUUUGUGUAUUGUCACAUUGCUUUAAUAACAAUUAAGCACUCCUCCCCUAAAGUCCAAUCUUUUUUUAUUGCAACACAAAAUAAAUAAAGUUCUUUCAUGACAGCUCUCGGAAGGUUUUAGCAUGGUAAUGUACAUGACGAUGUUAAUGUAUUUGGUCUUGGCGGAAUAGAUCUGCUACGCUGCUGAAUUGAUACUGCUGUCGUAGAUUAUUGCUGCUGCUGCUGCUGCUGCUGCACAAGUAGCAUAUAUAAUAACCCGUAGCAGAUCUAUACAGGUGGAGCUGGGGAGGUGGAGGGUUUUGGAGGAACUAACCAGGCAUUUAAAUAUAAAGCAGCAAGCUUAUUGCCUGCGUAUGCAACAUGAAUCAGCUUGUGCCAAGUGUCUUAGCACUAUGAAUAUCAUCAGUUUGCGUUAACGAACCAUCAGCCUGCGCCAUCUAGAGUUUCAUGACAGAACUUGACAUUUGUUCUUAGUGUAAUGAAGGAAAUACUGUACAUUUGGGUAUAUAAUGUCAAGUAAACAAUGCACAAAAUCUUAAUUGUUCCAAAAAUAGGCUUUCUUUUAGCUUUUAAGAUUUUGGGGUAAAAUGUGACCCUGGACAACAAAACCAGUCAUAAGUAGCACGGGUAUAUUUGUAGCAAUAGCCAACAAUAUGGCCAAUGUAUGGGUUUCUUUUAUGACAAAAAUCAUUAGGAUAUUAAGUAAAGUUCAUGUUCCAUGAAGAUAUUUAGUAAAUUUCCUACUGUAAAUAUAUCAAAACUUAGUUUUUGAUGAUGCAUUGCUCAGAACUUCAUUUGGACAACUUUAAAAGCGAUUUUCUCUAUUUUCAAAAGUUUUUGCACCCUCAGAUUCCAGAUUUUCAAAUAGUUGUAUGUCAGCCAAAUAUUGUCCUAUCCUAACAAACCAUACAUCAGUGGAAAGCUGAUUUAUUCAGUAUAAAUGUUAUAGAUGUCGUAUAAAUCUUUCAAAUUCAAAUUGACCCUUAUGACUGGUUUUGUGCUCCAGGGUCACAAAUAUGUCCCAUGCAUGCAAUUCAACUCAUUAAUUACAACAAAAAAGGCAAAGUUAAUACUCACAACCUCCUGGAUUGCGGCUGGUUUGUUGUCCUACAAAAGACAGCAUCUUUCCUGCAGUGAAGCCUCCAUUUUGUACCUUUGUUUUUGCGAGGUCGUUCUUCAGGGAAAUAAAUAGCUGCCCUGAUUUCAUUUCUGCAUCAAACUUUGACAGUUUCUGUUUAGGCACAGCUGGAGUUUAACAGGGUUAUUGCUUCAAAGUAAUUACAAAUUUCCCUGGUGAAAAAAACAGCGUCUGCUGGUGGGUAUGUUUUGAUGCUGGAAUGCUGGUUAGGUAGGUUUUGAUGCUGGUUUAAGCUGGUCCUUUGCUGGUUUAUGCUGGUCCUUUGCUGGUUUAUGCUGGUCCUUUGCUGGUUCAUGCUGGUCCUUGACCAGCAAAAACCAGCAAAGGACCAGCUUAAACCAGCAUCAAAACAUACCUACCAGCAUAUGCUGUUUUUUUCACCAGGGUUGUUUACCAGUUUCAAGCUUUCAAACUGCCUGAAAGUGAUAUAAUUGGAUUUUCUUAUUGUUUCCCUCAGAUUUUCAGUUCAGCGUCUCAAGUAAGCACUUAAAACAUAAAACCACAAAUCAUCAGGUCCUUAUUAAUGAUUUUCUUUAAUAAUGCUCAAGGCUCCCUCAGCCUUUCAGACAAACCCCAGUUUUAAACUUAACCCCCCCUUUCAACUCUUAACACUGUGGAAAAGGUACCAAGCUACAGUUGAACUUGCCUUAAACAACGUUCCCUUGUAAGGACUGUUGCACUUUACAACUACAGUUACAUGUUAUAACGAGACUUAGAAUGUUCAUGACAAUGUUGAUAAAGCCAGAGAGCAAAAUCUUAAAUAUAACAGUGUUUAUGUGUGAAUUGUAUUCUGUUUUUAUGUCUAACGUUCGUAAUUAAUUUCCCCCCCAUGCAUAUGCAUGAUUCUCAAACAAUCGUCUUGGCCAUGACAGAGACUGUCUCCGUGUGUCUGUCCUCACUCAACACCAGUUUUGCCUUUUCUAAAGGUUAAAGUUUUUCCUCAGUCCAAAAGUGGCAAUCUUGCAUUUCAUUUGUGAAAUAAAGUACAUGUACAUAUA